AUGGAGACCUGGAAUCUAGACAGUUACACUUCUUAUGUCCUUCCUUUCCUCUCUCUCCUUCUGAUUGUGCUAUGGAUGGUGUAUAGAAAUGGAUCAAGCACCUGGACUCUCCAGAAUUGCCCUGUAGAUUUAACUGGGAAGACUGCUGUGGUUACUGGAGCUAACUCAGGGAUAGGGAAGGCUGUGUGCUAUGAGCUCGCCCGACGUGGGGCUCAUGUGGUCCUUGGCUGCCGGAACCUGACUCAGGGGAGAAAAGCACUUGAGGACAUCCAGAAAGCCACUGGGAACAAGAAUCUCCUCCUUCGAGAGUUGGACCUCAGCUCUGUGGCCUCCAUCCAGAGCUUUUCCCAGAAACUUCUUGUAGAAGAACCCCACAUCCAUAUUCUGGUCAACAAUGCUGGAAUCUGUGGGCUACCCUACAAGACUAUUACUUCAGAUGGCCUGGAAUUGACUUUCAUGACCAAUUACCUUGGACACUUUCUGCUCACAAACCUGUUACUGAAGGGCCUGCUCUCUGCAAACUCGGCCCGAGUGGUGAAUGUGACCUCUUACCGACACAAGUAUGGAUUUGUGGAUGAACAGCACCUAGUAGGAGCUGGGUGCCCCCUUCAUCCACAACAGUGUUAUGACUGUUCCAAGUUGCUGCUGAUCCUUUUCACUGAAGAGCUUGCCCAGAGACUUCAAGGCACAGGUGUGACAGUGAAUUCAGUGGAACCAGGGAUUGUAAAAACGGAAAUUAUGAAGAAUUUUACUUGGCCGUAUCGCAGUAUCUACUGCAUCGUGAGCAUCUUCUUAAAGACCGCUGCACAAGGUGCCAUUCCAGUCUUGUACCUGAGCUUAGCGGAAGAACUACAUGGCAUUUCAGGAAAAUAUUUUAACUCCAAAUGUAACUUGAGCUUGCCUGUUAAGUCUGCCCAGGACCCUGGAGUAGCCCACAGCCUCUGGAACACCUCAGCCAAACUGACCAAUCUAGAGAAAAUGAUCAAGAAAGAAUGACCAGUCAAAAAACCCAGUGAGCCCUGCCUCGCAUUAUUCCACUACUUACUGUAGUGAUCUGAUUUGACUUGGGGCUAACCCCUAAACUAAUCAGAACACUUUCAAAGUUAUUUUUCUGUGUAAUGUGAUUGUUCUCCUGGUUCGUCUCACCUUACUCUGCAUCUAAAUAGAUAUUUAUUGUCUUUCCAGUUGUCCAUUUUAUUCUUCAGUAUAGCAAAUAUUUCAUCAAUUCAUAUGCUGCAUUUGAUUUAGUGAGAAAACCAAAUUAAUUUUAUCCUGUAACUGAUAUUUUAUUUUAUAUUUGAUUUUAUUCUGUAAUAGGCAGUGCUACAUUUUGUAUACUACUCAAGUCACUUUAUCUUUAAGCUAAUUUCAUAAGAAUAUAUAUUUAGAAGUUCAGUCUUCCCCUCCAAUUUCAUUUAAAAGUCCAGCUUUCCUGUAAAUCACCUUAAUUAAAGGAAACCUAUUAUCUUUGUUCUACCAGCUGUCCUUGUAAGGUGCUGCCCUUAUUUGAAAUCUAGUCUGUUAUCUAUAAACCAUCAGUUAUUCUUGUAAAACGCAUAUAGAAUUUAUCAUCAAAGUGGAAGGAGGGAUUGUUAAUAGCCCAGCAGUUCCAGUUUCCAGCAAUUAAUAUUGUCCUUCAUGCCUAUGAUGCGACAAGCUCUGUGCCCAAUCACAUUAUUUUCCUUGUCUAUGAUGUUGCUUUCUAUUUCUGGGAUAUUCUUUUCCUUUCAUUUAUAAAAGAGGGUUGUCCCCAUCAUUCAGGGUCUUAGCUGAGGAGGCUAAGACCCUGUUCAUUGGAAAAUUCUUACUUUGUCAAUAAAUUGAUCAUUUUUGGA